GCUCGCGCGCCCGGGGCGGAGCACGCCGCCCGGCUCCUCCUCCGUGCCUGGCCCAGUGGCAGCGGCCUUUCCAGCCAUCACGUAGUUUCCCAGGAAGAGAAGCAGGAGUAGGAGGAAGCGCGGAGGCACACGGCUCCCGCGGGGCAGCGUCACGGCCGGCCUCAUGGAGCCCAACGUGCGCUUCUGGAUCACGGAACGCCAAUCUUUUAUUCAGAGACUUCUUCAGUGGACAGAGUUAUUGGAUCCUACAAAUUUGGUCAUUUCAAUUGGAAAAAUAGAGAAAUUGAGGCAACUAUUGUUAACGAAUGAAGAUGCAACGGUUCAUGACUUGGAAGACCACAGGAUACGAGAAGCUUGGAAGAGAAGUCUGUCAACAGUGCACCCUGACAACAGCAAGCUGAUCCCGGUCCCUUUCCGGCCCGCAGCUCUCCUGCCUUUCACGGCGCCCAUGGUUUUUUUGUCCCUGGUGCCGGGGAAAAGCCUAAAGUCCAUGAUUUUACCGCAGUUGUCUCUCUGCACCUACAGUUCAGCCUUCAACCUCAUCAAUGGAAACGCAAGUUAUAAUCGUCGCCCAUAUGAGAGCGUACUAGUAGGGGCCGGAGCAAUUGCUUCUACAACCUUUUUUGCAUUAUUCCCUCAUUUACUCCUAAUAAAGUAUGCACUGAAAAACACUUUGCUAAGAGAAACCUUGCCUGUCGUCAUUCUCGCCCAAGUCAGUGCACUGAACGUUCUUGCGUCCCGAAGUUUAGAGACCAUGCGAGGGAUUGAAGUCAUGGACAAGGAAGGCAAUGUCAUAGGCUAUUCCAGAAAAGCCGGGGCAAAGGCCGUUCAAGACACAGCAACAUCCAGAGCCAUGCUGUUUGGGACCUCCGCCCUGAUUCCUGAAGUCUUCGCACACUUUUUUAAAAGGACCCAGUUAUUCGUGCGAUACCCGCAUUCCUUGUGGACCUUGAAGCUGUCUUGUACCAUCCUGGUAAUGGGAGUGAUGGUGCCAGUGUCUUUUAGUGUCUUCCCCAAUAUCGAACGGAUACAGUGCAGUAAACUUGAAGAGGAAAUUCAGUCUGCAACAGAAGAAACAGAACUCUUCUAUAACAGAGGGGUAUAGGGGUGAGUUUUAGGUGAAUUCAUUUGGUUCCUGCUCGAAAACCUUCCUCUCAAGGUUUCGGUUUCCAGAGCUGUGCCCGAGGUCUCCUGGAAACCCCCGAGGUGCCUGCACAGACAGGAUGGCUUACAGUCACACAUGCCAAGACCUUGUCUAGGCUUGUCAUGCCUGCGGUUUUUGAGCCUGGAUGGAGGAAGAGAAAUGGCAGGCUGUCCUGUCUGACCUGCUCCCAAGGGAUUGCUAUGGGUGAUGUUAAGGUUCAGUUUUCAAUUUGUCAGCCUGUGAAAAGACACUGAAAUUGUUAAUAAACUCGUAUCAAGUUGAGUUUUUGAAGAAAUGAA